AUGCUGAAUCUCCAGAAAAGAAUCAAUGGUAUUGAUGACAACAAAAAAUACAUGGAGACGCGGAUCGCCAUUCGAGAAAAGCUACUCGCUCAAGAAAUCAAAGAUUUGGAAGUGAAUCUGAAGAAUCAAAAUAUGUGCAAGCUCUCCUUUCCGUCAACAUCCCAACUUCAUGAAAUGAUCCUCACGGUGUGUCCACAAGAAGGUAUUUACAGAGGAGGCGUUUUCAAAUUUUCAAUUUCUGUACCGCCCGAGUACAACAAUGUGCCACCAACUGUAAAAUGCUUGACGCGGGUCUUCCAUCCGAAUAUCAACGAAGAUGGUAGCAUUUGUUUGUCGAUUCUACGAGAAAACUCUCUGGAUGCCUUUGGAUGGCGACCGACAAGAAAUCUUACUGAGGUGAUUCAUGGCUUGUCAUCCUUGUUCACGGAUCUCAUCGAUUUUGACGAUGCACUGAACAUGCAAGCUGCACAACUCUGGUCAACGAAUCGCGAACAGUUUACUCACCGUGCACGUGACUACAUCGCCAAGUACUGCGAACGUCGCUGA